GCCUGUUGACACAUUGAAGCAUUGGAACUGAAGCAGAACCGAGACACUCCUGCAAACACAACCGUCUAAUUCAAGGAUCUCAUCAGGCUGAAGACCAUCGAACCCGAGUCCAUUGCGACUCCAUUGCGCCGGAGUCGAUUCUUGCAUCAUAGUAACGAAUCGAAACAUGGCUUCGAAGAUAGUGGUGAUCGGAGGCGUCGACUGCGAGCUACGCGACGUCUUCACCAAGCUCGCAAAGCUACACGUGAAACAGAAUUUCUCAUUCGCGAUCAUCGUCGGAGACCUCUUCGGCGACUGCUCGACGGAGCAUGAACUAGAGCAGAUAUCAGCCCUACUCUCAGGAGCCAUCGCCGUGCCGCUCCCGACGUACUUCUCCCUGGGCAGUCGACCACUGCCGACGAGGGUGAUCGAGGCCAUCGAGGCCAACGACGAAGUGUGCCCAAACCUGUACUUCCUGGGCCGACGCGGCACAUUAAAGACAGCCGAGGGCGUGCGCAUCGUAUCGCUAGGCGGCAAGCUCGAGACCAACAGCAGCAGCAACCAAACCGCAGACAAGUACCAGCCUCGCUACAGCGAGUCCGAGGCGCGCGCUCUGCACGGGGCACACGCGGCAGACAUCCUCCUGACGCAGCAAUGGCCGAAGGGGAUCCGAACAGGCUCGAAGGCGGCAUUCCCGGAGGACCUAACACCGGCCACAACGCCGGAAGAAGUGCAAAGCGUAGCAGAUCUUUGCGCGACGCUCAAACCACGCUACCACCUCUCCUCAACGCCAAGCUUCUUCUACGAGCGCGAACCCUUCUUCCACCUCCCGACGGAAGACGACCCCGACGCGAAACCGCUGACGCGCUUCAUCAGCCUAGCCUCCUACACCAACAAGACCAAGCAAAAAUGGAUGUACGCCUUCACACUGGACCCAAAGGCCCCCGCACCCCUCAGCAUCCCAGCCGGCACAACAGCAAGCCCAUUCCCACCGCCAUCAACGCUGAAACGCAAACCCCUACCCAACCAACAAACAAGCUACCAACGCUUCGCAGCCCCGGACCAAAACGAUCACGAGCACCGCCCCCGCAAACGCGCCCGCAAUACCCACGCACCCCCCGGCCCAGAACAAUGCUUCUUCUGCCUCAGCAACCCGAACAUCGCAACACACCUGAUCACCUCCAUCGGCGAAGAAUCCUACCUCACAACCGCCAAGGGCCCACUACCAACGGCCCAGACCUUCGAACCCUACACCCUCAAUUUCCCAACCCACAUGCUGAUCAUCCCGUUCACGCACACCCCGACACUAGCCUCCAUCGCCGACGACUCAACCCGCCACGCAACCUUCACCGAGAUGAAUCGCUAUCGCAGCGCGCUACAGACAAUGCUGAACCGCCGCGCCGCCGGCCGCCUCGGCGCCGUCACUUGGGAAGUGAGUCGCGCGAACGGCAUCCACGUGCACUGGCAGUUCCUGCCUGUGCCUGCUGACCUGGUCAAACGGGGUCUCGUGGAAGCGGCCUUCAAGGUCGAAGCUGAGAACUUGAAGUAUCCGCGUUUCGUUGAAGCUGCCUCAACAUCAUCAGAUGACCAUGCAGACCCCAGUAGCGAACGCGGCGAUUUCUUCCGAGUUUGGGUGUGGGAUCCUCCCGCCGCCUCUGCCGAAUCUCCUCCAGUGGAGGGGGAAGGGGAGGGCGGCAGUGAGCAGCAUCCAGAACCCAAGCCCCAGGAACCUACCACGGGGCAAACAGGACAAGAAAAAACCCUCCUCCUCCCUCUCGGCCCUGAAUUCCGGUUCGACCUCCAGUUCGGUCGCCGCGUGAUGGCCAAGUUGAUGGGGCUGGAGAAGCGCAUUGACUGGCGGAAGGACGUGCAGUCGCAGGCGCAGGAGGAGGCGGAUGCGGUGGCAUUUAAGGAGGCGUUUAAGGAAUUUGAUUUCACGUUGUGAACGGCCCACAAUCCAUAUCAAAAGACCUCCGUCUGAAGAAGCUGGCUUGAGGCCGAUUGAGUUCUGAUUCUGGAUUCUGAAGAGAAUGCAUCUG